AUGGUUCUCUCCAAGCCCAGUGAUGCCCCUGUGCAGAAGCUUUUUGGCCUAACUGGCAAAGUUGUAGCUGUCACCGGGGGGGCUCGAGGAAUUGGUCUUUCCGUAGCUACAGCAUAUGCUGAGGCUGGCGCCAAGAUUGCCAUUCUGUAUCGCACAACCACAACCGCACAUAAGACCACAGAGGAGAUCGCCUCUAAAUAUCAGACACAAGCUCGUGCUUACCAGGCCGACGUCACGGUUCCGAAGGAGAUUUCCACAGUUAUCGAUCAGAUCGUGAUGGACUUCGGCAGGCUGGAUGUAAUCGUGGCUAAUGCGGGCAUCUGCUCUGAGCAUGCCGCUGAGGAUUACAGCCCUGCUGAGUUCGAGGAGAUCAUGAACGUCAACGUCAAUGGGGCAUUCUAUACUGCGCAGGCUGCUGCAAGGGUGUUUAAGCGACAGGGAUUCGGCAAUAUAGUAUUCACGGCUUCUGUCAGCGCCACACUUGUGAACACACCCCAACGGCAGGCCGCGUAUAAUGUGUCAAAGGCUGGAGUCUUGCAGUUGACCAAGUCCCUCGCAGUGGAAUGGGUAGACUUCUGCCGAGUGAACUGUGUUUCGCCAGGGUAUGUCGAGACCAAGAUCAUGGAGUAUGCGUCCAAGGAUAUGCUUGAAAAGUGGAAGAGUCAAAUUCCAGCCCGUCGAUUCGCUUCUCCAUAUGAACUGAAGGGGGUCUAUCUUUUCUGCGCCUCGGAUGCAUCCAGCUAUAUGACAGGUUCGAACCUCGUGGUUGAUGGUGGAUUCACUCUCCCUUAA